AUGGCGCGACGAAACCGCAGAGAAUAUGAGCUGACAGUACGCCAAGAACCCAAGCAGGCGCGAAUGUGCGGUGUAGGCGGUAAAGCCGAUCGCCGGCCAAUAGACCCACCACCCAUCGUGCAACUGCGUGUGAUCGACCCGUCGCACCGGCGGCCUCUUACAGCCGAUUCGCGUGCGAGUUCUCCUGACGGGACCCCUACAUCUUCCGCUUCACAGAGCUUCUUGCAAAAUCCGUAUUAUUUCAUGUUCGCGAGCCUGGCGAAACCCGAUGAGGACGUUGAGCUGCACUGGCUGAAGGAUGGGAAGACGCGCUGUACAACAGGCUCCGUGGUUUCAUCACUGUACCACUUGAAAGACGCCGAGGCAGGCGGGUCAGAUGCGGGGUUCUUUGUCUUCCCCGAUCUGAGCGUGCGCACGGAGGGCAGCUAUCGACUGAAGCUGAGCUUAUACGAGGUCGUUGGUACGAUCGAAGCAUUAGCUGCGUUCCACGGAAACACAGGACGGCGCUCGUGGCCUGCGUCGCUGCGAGGCAAUUACAGUCCGCUAGUUUGGCGGUCUGCUCACGUCCGGUGGUUCCCGGUCGAUGGACGUCGUGGGCCCGGCAGUUUGGCGCGGGCGAUCACCCCGCGAGCGUUCGGACACGCGAUGCGGCCUUCGGGCGUGCAUGGUGAUGGUAUCGGUGCAAUGGGCCCCCGGCGGAUAGAUUCGAGUGUAUACCACUGCAAGUCGAUAUUCUCGGCGCCGUUUUAUGUGUACACGGCGAAGAAAUUCCCGGGAAUGGAAGAAUCCACUCCGCUGUCGUGCUCCCUUGCUGACCAAGGCAUCAAAAUUCGCAUUAGGAAAGACAUUCGGGUCCGCAAGAGACCAAUGCAGGGUCUCAGCGAGACCCCCAUACCUAUUCCUUUGGUGGGGCAGCCCCCACCCUCUGGAGCCUUUGGCCCUGUCCCUGUCCGUCUUGACGACCCAGACCCCGAGGACGACAGGGAGCGGGACCGAGAUGACAGACGGGGACCCGACAGUGAUGCUCGCAGGGACAAGGACAGCGAUCAAGAGUAUGAUCGAGGGCGCGGCGCCGACAGCGAUAGAGAAAGCCCGCGCGAGGAGCCCCGGAGAUUGGCCGUACGAAGGGAAACUGCGGGAGAACACAUGACCGGUGGUAGUGCAGCCCCAGGGAGGAGGCACAGUGCGAGUGACCGUGGUCUCAAGCGUGCGCGAGGCGAUGACGGGGGCAUCUUGGUCAACACGACCGCAGCUGCGCCAGAGCGGCUCUCCAACGGUCCUGCUGCGAGCCCCGUCAGUGCGGGCCCGUCAAGUGCGAGCGUGAGUGGAGCUCCCGGUUGGGGUGCGAUCGAUCCUGCGCUGAAUCCGCCGCCGCCGCCGUCGACUGUGCAGGCACCACCGCCAGCGACAUCUGCUGCGGACCAUCACUACCCACCAGCUCCUACCUCGGGUCCCUCGUCCUCAUACGAGCAUCGGUACGCUGCGGCUCCUCCACAUUCAGUAGCGCCUGCGCCUGCCCCUGUGCCCGUGCCCGCUUCUGCGCCUGCAGGUGUACCGCCGUACCAUUACGAGCCGCAUGGCCACCAUGCACCGCCUCCUGGACACCACUACCCCGCCGCGCCACCGCCGCAUCAUUACAGCCACAGCGCCCCUCCUCCGCUGCACCAACACCCUCCGCCGUCGGCAUACGCAUACCCUCCCACGCCUGCGCCAGCGCAAUCCGGCUGGUACGAGUCGUAUCCGCAUCACUACCCUCACCACCCGCCGCCGCACCAUGCACCGCCUCAUCCUCCCCCGAGGUACGGAGAGUAUCCCGCGUAUGCCCCGCCUGCCCCACAAGGAUACUACUAUGAGCAUCCACCCCAGCACCACCAACCGCAACACCAGCAACACCACGCACCUCCACCCCCGCCGCCCGGGCACCAUGUCCAUCACUCUUAUCACCCGGGAUAUCCGCCUCAGCCAGGACCUCCGUCACCGCCCAGCGCGCCUGCACCUAUGCAGUACGACUAUGCUCCACCUUCGACGGCAGGUAGCACUGGCGACAACCGAUCCCAAGGCGCGAGCGCGCAUGUGUCCAGCUCAGGCUCGCGAGCAUACCCUGGCACGCCCUAUGCAUCAGCCCCUCCUGCUCCUGCUCCCGGCCCGGCAACACACUCCGCCUCGCAGCAACACUAUGCGCCGCCACCACCCCAGCAGGGCUACACCUCGCAGUACGCGCACGCGCCGAGCCAGCCACAGAGCCAAGCGCCCGCGCCGAGCCAGGGCCGCGGGCACUAUCAACUGAGCACACCACCACAUCCGACGCAAGGCUACAGCUCAUACCCUCCUGCGCCUGGCACGAGCGGUGGGAGCGCGAGCAUGAGCAGCCCGGUCAGCGCUGGUGGUGCGGGCCCGCCGAGCGCUGGCCCAAGCUCUGCGGGCGGCGCGGGGUCGGCAGAGCCUGCUUGGGGAUAUUCUCAGGGCGCGAACGCGAACACAUGGGGAGUGGGCGGUUCGGGCGUGAUGAUGCAGAAUGAUCCGUACGCACCGUACACUGGAGGGGGCAAUGCCGGCUCGAGUGGACGAGAUAUGCAGCGUGUCCAGCUGGCACCAUUGCGCGUCGGGCAAACCACUACGCCUCCGGGUUCAGGGGAGCGCAGUGGCCAUGGGAAGAAGAAUCCGCUGAGCAUUGGUAACAUCAUCUCCGAUGAUACUGGCGAGUGCUGGUACGUGCUGCGGCAGACACGCAAGCGGUUUCAUUUUCGCUAG